AGGAGCAGGUGUUGUAGUUGUUGAGAAAACGAUUUAAUGAAGUAAUAUGAAGCAUCACAGCGCCGACACGAGCGAGUAGUUUUCUAAACAUCUUCAUUUUUAGCCACUUUCGAUCUAACAGCACUAUCUAUCAAAGCAGGAUGGCUUCGCCAGUAGGUGCUACGGCUUCAUCAGGUACUGCCCCUGUCGUCGGUAGUGGUUACCUCAGGCUACCCACAAUCACGAAUGACCAAGCCACGACGCUGGUCCCGUUUCCGGCCUCAUAUAUGGCCACGACACCAGCGCCAGGGAUGCUGCCUAUUGCGCACGCGCUCCCAACAACCAUAGAUCAGAAGGAUGCCCACUACUCCAACACGUACACGAUUGCGAGAGAGCCUGGCUUGCUAACAGGGUUCCAGGAGCUGCACACUCGACAACACGGCAUCCUCAUCGGCGCGAUAGGCGCCAUGUGUCUCUCGUUCGUCAUUCCGAAGAUCCUGGCGAGAUUUAAACUGUGCGGACUCGGGAAGUUCGUCUCAAGACACAUGGGCCAGAUAUUCCUGCUUCUCGCAGUCGUCAAUCUUUUCGUGUUUGGUAUUCAAGCUGAUCCUUGUUGAUGUUUUCUAACUACAGUCACACCCAACUAUAAGGAAGGCGAAAUUCCAUUCCACAUUCUGAUCUCCUCUUGCGUGUCGACCAACAUUUCUUCUCGAUUGAUUUUUUUCGCAACUACCGAAGGAAGAAUCUUUGCACCAUAUUUAUUGAAGCAUUAUGACGAAAUCGCAGGUGCCGGCUACGUCCAGUAAACAAAAUGAUAUUUCUCUUCAGGACUCGUCAUUGCUUCGUUGGAUGACGUUUCUGUAAACAGUGUCUUUUGGGCGCUUGUUGCCGUCGCAGAGCUGAGUCUCAGCAACAUAUCCACCGGCCUUCAAGCAGUAGGUGGAAUAGUAGGACUUUUUUUAGUGCUGAACUACAAGGAUAACAUCAUCAAGCUUGUGGGCUUAGAACAUCACCCACUGGUAAACGCAGAGUUCAAAGACCUUUUCACGUGCUUCUCAAUGCAUCGCUUUCGACCAGUGGAGAUUAGCAUCCACAAAAUAAACGAUCUCCCGACCAACGCGACCGUCUUUCAAGCAAAAAGCAGGCCAUUGUACAAUUACAAGUCGUGCUGAUUUUGUAAUGUUUUCGGUCUUCGCCUUCCUCUUUGUUUGAUGACCGUCACCGUGCUGUGCGAAAGGAGCUAUUUCUUUGGGGAAUAAUUUGAAUAGAUAGAAAAAGCUAAGCAUUUUUAGGAUUUGCUAUGCGAUUGAUUGCCCUCCUACAAAGCUGCAGCAUUGUUGCUUCUCCGCAUGGCCACCACUGCAGCAACCGCCACCUCUACAAUAUAUGUCACUUGUUUCGGAAUUAUAGUAUUUCACAAGCCUCUUCCUCUGCAGCAUCUAUUCUACACUGAAGAUUUUUACCGCGACCACGUCCUCGAAUAACAACGGUUUCAGAUUCUGCCAUAUCCAGUGCGGCAAAUACAACGAAGCACGAAACACGCGAGUGAAAGAGGUCGUUGCCGGGGAGGACUAUCUGGUGAGGGAAAGGAUCCAAUUCAAUUACGACCCGGAAGAUCUGCACAGUGUAUGCACGGGAUCUAUCGUUCUUGAAACAGAAUAAUUGUACUUACGCACGGGUAGUGAGUACUAUCCUCUACGUACUUACAGUAUAAAGACAGACCGGCUAAUAUUUCUGUUAACGUAGGAAACCUGGUAACCAAGAAAGGUUGUAAUCAUAGUCGAACAAAAUGGGGAUCAUACAAGUAGGAAAGGGGUGCGAAUCUAUUCUGGACUUGAAGCAGAUAUUAUAGCCGCAGCGGGUGCUUGCGCUAAUUAGACUCAAUUUUAAUACAACAGCACUAGAAUUGAGUUGUACUGCAAGAACAGAUCAUGACACUAACAACUAACACUACCUUGUUGAUCAUGUCUUGCAUUUUUCAUUUCUUUUUCGAUUGCUGCUCUCGGUCCAACGGCAGGAAGUAGUGGGGCAGGACGCGGCGAUGUCGAUACUGCCAGCCGCAGGUGCCAUGAUGGGUAGCGCGGCUUUGCCCCUUUAUCCGGUUUCCGGUGUAGUCGGCGGAGCCGCGGUCGGCCUUGGCGCAGCCUCCGCUUUCGGUGACGAAAUCGCGAGGCUGGAGCUCUCAGCGGGAAUGAUAAACGAUAUGCUCGCAAAGGACGACGAGGGAGCGGCGGCAAUCUUGAACCAAACGACUCUUGGUGGUUCCUCGGACGGUCUAGUGGUGCCUGGGCAGCCACGCGGUAGCUCCGCGACCCGACCAGCAGCACCUUCAGCGACGGCGCUUCAAAGCACGAAGUUCGAUUCAGCCGGAAUCUGGCACACACUAAGUCUGGUCCCCAUGGGAGAGGUGCAAGUACGGUGCCGUUUCGUCGACGAAGAAGAGGACGACGAUGAGCAAGGAGAAACUCUUUGUGCCGAUAUCAUCAUGGACGCAAUAUGCUGAUCGUCCUUGACGAGUAACCGCUUUAUAUUCGUCACUAAAAAAGAAAAAGCACUGAGAACAAGUCACUUUUCGUCCUUGGAGAGGAGGGGAAAAAGAUUAGCGUAACAACAUCGACAUAAUAUCUCUGAAUGUCAGAAAAACGACACGUCACACGUUUUCGUCAUCUUGAGAUGAGUUGUAUUGACAUGGCCUAGGUGAAGUUGCCGAUGUUACUACGAAUGUUUCAUGUUCGCUGCAAGCUGAAAUGAUUUUCCU